AUGUACGCUAGAAUCGGAAGCAUUCCUCCUGCUGCAAAGAGGCUGUUUGAUGAGCUGCAGGAGAAGGAUUUAAUCUCUUGGAGCACAAUGAUCAAUGGAUAUGGAAUCCAUGGAGAAGGACAAGCGGCCAUUAAAAUUUUCCUAAAGAUGGAAGAAACUGGUGCGUCGCCUGACGAUGUAACCUUCGUCAGCAUCCUCUCUGCUUGCAGUCAUGCCGGUUUAGUUGAAGAAGGGCGGCUGUUCUUCAAAUUGAUGGUGGAGAAGCAUGGAAUCGCCCCGAGAAUGGAGCAUUAUGCAUGCUUAAUUGAUCUCUUCAGCCGUAGCGGGGAUCUGAUCGAAGCCUUGGAUCUUGUUAAGACGUUGCCGGUUAAACCUUCGGUGGAGUUACUAGAAUCCUUGCUCGGGGCUUGCCGCUGCCAUGGCGAGUCCAAAGUAGGAGAAGCGGUUGGAAAGCUGUUGAUUGAGCUCCAUCCCAGUACGAGUUCGUAUGUGAUGCUCUCGAAUAUAUAUUCGGCGGCGGAGAGAUGGGAAGAUUCGGGGAGAUUGAGGUUGGACAUGAGAGCGAAGGCGUUGAGGAAAGAGCCUGGUACUAGCUUUGCGAGCAUGGGGUGA